UUCAAUGAGCAGGCUCUGCGAAUAGGUUCAGUGUUUGCGAAGGUGCAGAAUUAGCAGACACACAUGCAUGCACACAUACACACACACACAGAGGGAGAAGCACAAAAAGCAAGUAUCGGGACUGAAAUAAGGAGAGGUAGGAGUUUAAGAUGGCUGUCUGUGGGGAGAUGUGUUAACGAGGAUUUCUGCUGGCCAAGAUAACCUGCUUCCUUGGAGAGAUCUGCUUGGAGGAAGAACUUUUUGUGUGUGUGCGUGCUGGGGAUCUGUUUGUUUGUUUGGAAUUCAGGGGGCUUUUUUUUUUUUUUUUUUGCUUUUUCUUCACCCCCCCUGCAACUGCAUUUUUUCAGCCCUUCCUAGCAGCUUUAUUCAGAUUUAUUUGGCGUGCUUUGGAGAAAGCGACUAUAUAAUCGGGAGGUCAAAGGCAGACUGAAGAAAGUUAAUAAUGGCUGCUAAUGGUGCUAACAAUUCAGGGUGAAUCUUGUCAAAAGUUGUUUUUUUUUUCCCUCUCCCCCACCCUUUUUUUCUCUCUCUUUUUUUUUUUUUUUUUUUUUUUUUUUUCUGGAAGUCUCAGUCUUUUGAUUGUGUGUUUCCUGAAAGCAAGACCAAUCAUUUCAGUUUAUUCACUGGCUAAACUCUACUUGAUUGGGGACAAGCACACAAACCAUCCAUUACGAUCUGAUAUAUUAUCCAAACAAUUUAGUGUAUUCAUGAGGUAACCUAAAUGUGGAGGCUGCAAAAUUACCCGUAAUCAAUUGAAACAGCGAGUGCGCGUCCCUCUGUGUGUCUAACAACUACAUGUCUCUGUAAUAAGGCAGACAUUAAAUCAUUUUAGAGUUGUACUGUUGAGUACCUGAUCACUGGGCGCUCUGGGAAGCUGGACAGUCACAUUAGGACGCUGGGACUGAGGAAGCCGCUGCUUUUCCAGUGGGAUAAACCCGAUCUUCCUUACUCAAGGUGCUUUACAGAUCCCCACCGAUCUCACCCUAAGUCGUGCAAUAUCCAGCAUAGACUUCGUCUUCUUCUUCUUCUUCUUCUACUCUUCUAUAAUUUUUUUGUUAUCGUUGUUGGCGCUUUUUUUUUGUUUUGUUUUGUUUUUAUUGCACUACAUGUUUGGGAAACAAGACAAAAUGGACGUUAGAUGCAGUUCAGAGACUGAAGCUAACCGGGUCUCGAAGAACGGACAUAAAGAGGGCAAGGAAAGCAAAGGGUCUGAAGGAAAUAUUUCUACUUCUUUUUUGAAGGAUCAGCAAGGGACUUUUUCUGCCUCUGCAGCUACGGAAGGUUGUAAUAAAAGUAAAUCUAGUUCGGCCGAUCCGGACUAUUGCAGGAGGAUCCUAGUUAGAGAUGCCAAAGGUUCAAUCCGAGAGAUUAUUCUGCCUAAGGGGCUUGAUCUGGACCGUCCCAAGCGGACCCGCACCUCCUUCACGGCCGAGCAGCUCUACCGCCUGGAGAUGGAGUUUCAGCGCUGCCAGUACGUCGUGGGGCGGGAGCGCACCGAGCUCGCCCGCCAGCUCAAUCUCUCCGAGACUCAGGUCAAGGUCUGGUUCCAGAACCGGCGCACCAAGCAGAAGAAGGACCAGGGCAAGGACUCCGAGCUGCGGUCGGUGGUGUCCGAGACCGCCGCCACCUGCAGCGUCCUGCGGCUGCUGGAACAAGGCCGGCUGCUCUCCCCGCCGGGGCUGCCCGGCCUCCUGCCGCCCUGCGCCACGGGCGCGCUGGGCUCGGCGCUGCGCGGGCCCGGCCUGGCGGCGGCGGGCAGCGGCAGCGCGGCGGCGGCUCCGGGCGGCGGCGGCGGCUCCCCGCACCCUCCGGCGGCCAGCGGGGCGGCCGGGCCCCCCCCGCCCGCGGCGCUGCACGGGGCGGCGGCAGCGGGGCACGGGCUCUUCGGGCUGCCGGUGCCCGCGCUGCUGGGCUCGGUGGCCGGCCGCCUCUCCUCCGCGCCCCUGGCCGUAGCCGGCUCGCUGGCGGGCAACUUGCAGGAACUGUCGGCCCGCUACCUGAGCUCGUCCGCCUUCGAGCCCUACUCCCGGACCAACAAUAAAGAGAGCGCUGAGAAAAAAGCACUGGACUGA